AUGGCUGGUGCAACGCAUGCUGACAAUCGUCACAUCUUCCAAAUGAAGGGUUGUGAUGCGGAUGAUGUACAGGACAAUAUGCUAAUUUAUGUUCCAUCUCUUACUGGAAAACCAUGGGAAAAUAUUAUGGAAGCAUGUCUGGCGAGUGAAUGCAGAGUGCAUAAUGAUUUAUUGGGCGGUAAUGGUGAAAGCUAUUUAUGCGGAUGUGAUACUGAUUAUUGCAAUAUAAAAUCAUUUCAAGCUACAUUUCCACAAUUAAAAAAUGUUCCCAGUAAUCCUAAGACAUCCAGGGCUAACAUACCAAAUGAUAAUUUACUUUGGAUCGAUUGA